CACUUCCUGUGGCAGAGAAAAGAGGUAGUGAGCUGGUGUUUCAGGAUGUAAGGGCCCGCAGGAGCAGAGCGAGCUCUCUCCACUGCCUGCUACCGGAGAGCUCUGGCCGGUGCUUCUACAAUCCUUGUGGUGGAUGCCCCCCUCCCCCUGAGUCGGGGACCCGAAAUCACCGGAGGAAUGCCAGGGAAGCCCAAGCACUUGGGUGUCCCCAACGGGCGCAUGGUUCUGGCCGUCUCUGAUGGAGAACUGACCAGCACAGCAGGCUCCCAGGGCCAAGGUGAGGGCAGAGGAAGCUCCCUCAGCAUUCACAGCCUCCCCAGCGGCCCCAGCAGCCCCUUCUCCACCGAGGAGCAGCCCGUGGCCAGCUGGGCUCUGUCCUUUGAGCGGCUGCUGCAGGACCCGCUGGGCCUGGCGUACUUCACAGAGUUCCUGAAGAAGGAAUUCAGCGCAGAGAACGUAACUUUCUGGAAAGCCUGUGAGCGCUUCCAGCAGAUUCCAGCCAGUGACACCAAGCAGCUAGCUCAGGAGGCCCACAACAUCUACCAUGAGUUCCUGUCCAGCCAGGCGCUGAGCCCGGUGAACAUCGACCGACAGGCCUGGCUCAGCGAGGAGGUAUUGGCCCAGCCCCGGCCCGACAUGUUCAGGGCACAGCAGCUUCAGAUCUUCAACCUGAUGAAGUUCGACAGCUAUGCGCGCUUCGUCAAGUCCCCGCUGUACCAAGAAUGCCUGCUGGCCGAGGCCGAGGGGCGCCCCCUGCGGGAGCCCGGCUGCCCGCGCCUGGGGAGCCCCGCCGCGGCGAGGAAGGUGAGUACGGAGGUGAGGGGCAGGAGGGCGGCCGGGCCGGGAGGCUCUUCCCCAGACGCCCUGCGGGCUGGGCCCCGCCGCGCGCCACGGUCCGCCCUGCGUCCCCAGAAGCCGAAGCUGAAGCCCGGGAAGUCCCUGCCGCUGGGCGUGGAGGAGCUGGGGCAGCUGCCGCCUCCUGAGGGCGCCUGCGGCCGCCCUCUCCGCAAGUCCUUCCGUAGAGAGAUGACGGGUGGGGCCGCGAACCCAGCGCUGCGGAGGGAGUCUCAGGGGUCCCUGAAUUCUUCCGCCAGUCUGGACCUGGGCUUCCUGGCCUUUGUGAGCAGCAAAUCCGAGAGUCACCGAAGGAGCCUUGGAAGCGGAGAGGGGGAAAGCGAGAGCCGGCCGGGGAAGUACUGCUGUGUGUACCUGCCGGAUGGCACAGCCUCCUUGGCCCAGGCUCGACCCGGCCUCACCAUCCGUGACAUGCUGGCAGGCAUCUGCGAGAAGAGAGGCCUUUCUCUGCCUGACGUUAAGGUCUACCUGGUGGGCAAUGAGCAGAAAGCCUUGGUCCUGGAUCAGGAUUGCACCGUGCUGGCGGACCAGGAAGUGCGGCUGGAAAACAGGAUCACCUUCCACCUCCUGUGCAGGCUGGAGUUAACUGAGCUGGAGCGCGUGGUGAGGAUCUCGGCUAAGCCCACCAAGCGCCUGCAGGAGGCGCUGCAGCCCAUCCUAGCAAAGCAUGGCCUGAGCCUGGAUCAGGUGGCCCUGCACAGGCCGGGGGAGAAGCAGCCGCUGGAUUUGGAGAAGCUGGUGAGCUCAGUGGCCUCACAGACACUGGUUUUGGACACUCUUCCCGGUGCGAAGAUGAGUGAAGCCAGCAGCCUAUCCCCCUGUCGCAGCAGCCAGGGAUGCCUCCCUAGGACCCAGAACAAGAACGCUCAUCUUCCUCCAUUGCCCCCCAGUUUGCUGGUGGAAGACGCCAGCAGUUCUGCUGGGAACCGGCAGACCUGUGACAUAGAAGGUCUGGUGGAGCUGCUGAACCGAGUGCAGAGCAGUGGGGCCCACGACCAGAGGGGACUUCUUCGGAAAGAGGACCUGGUACUUCCAGAAUUUCUGCAGCUCCCUUCCCAAAGACCAGGCUCUCAGGAGGCUCCGCCAUAGACUUGACUCACCUACACAGCCCGGGGAGGGCCCUUCAGACUCCACUGCCUGCCAGUCCUCUGACACCUGUGUAACAGUCCAGGCUGGCUGCAUGGUGCCUGGGCGGACCAAGCAUGCCACGGGUCCGCUCUGCACGUCCUGCCCUGUCUGUGCCAUGCGUGUCCUUGGCCCCUUUCUGCUAUGGGCAGGCCCACAGAGGGAGCCAGGAAGGGUGGAAGGGGAACUCAGAGAAGCCACACUCCCAGGCUGGCUACCUGUUCCCUCGUGGGGUUACCCACCUAUUCCUCACACUAGGCCAUGAGGGGCAGGUGGGCCUAGCUCCUUGGCAUAAGCAUACUGACCAGGAAAGGGCCUUUGGCAGUACCGGCCUCCUCCACUUGUUCUAGGCUUUAGCAGGGGGCGGGGAGGGGCUGGCCCCUCCUUAAAGAGUUGAUAUAAGUAAGGCCCCGGCGUGCUGGUGGGCAACCCUCCAUCCACGUGGACUCUACUGUACAUACGGAUUUUAUGGUUGGCUUGGGCAGCUGGGCUUGUCCUGGAUGUAUGAUAUUGUUAUAAUAAUAAUUACUGUUAUUCAGCCAUGA